GGGCGCAAGAUGGCGGCGCUGAAGGAGGCUCGGAGCUACGGGCUGGCGUGCGGGCGGCCGGGCGCGGGCCCGCGGGUGUCGCUGCUGCACGUGAAGCUCACCGACAGCGCCCUGCGCGCCUUCGAGAGCUACCGCGCCUGCCAGGGCUCUGGAUCACUGAAACCGUCCAUCCAGUUCCAAGGAAGCCAAGGGCACAUCUGCAUCCCGCAGCCUGACUGCCCAUCUGAGGCACGCACCUUCUCCUUCUACCUCUCCAGUGUGGGCCGCGAUGGCCCGCAGGGCAGCUUCGACUGUGUCCGGCAGUAUGUGUCCAGCCACGGGCAUGAGCAGCUCUCCUGCCUGGGUGGUGUCCAAGACAAGAUCACCGUGUGUGCCACCGACGACUCGUACCAGAAGGCGCGGCAGAGCCUGGCGCAGGCAGAGGAGGAGACCCGCAGUCGCAGCGCCAUUGUCAUCAAGCCGGGGGGCCGCUACAUGGGUAAGCGAGUGCAACUCCGGAAGCCGGCACCUGGAGCAGUGGACCCCGCGCCUUCGCGCAAGCGGGUGGCCCCUGCCAGCCUGGCGGGCACUGUGCGGCGGAGUGGGGCUGGCAUCGUGGCCCAGAAGCCCCUGCGGGACCGUGUGCUGCACCUGCUGGCCCUGAGGCCCUACCGCAAGGCCGAGCUGCUCCUGCGGCUGCAGAGGGACGGGCUGGUGGCGGCCGACAGGGACGCGCUGGACGGCCUCCUGCAGCAGCUGGCCAACGUGGAUGCGCGCGACAGCACCUGCACGCUCAAGGACACCGCCUACAGGGACGUGCAGCGGGACUGGCCCGGCUACUCUGACGGCGACCAGCAGCUGCUGAAACGUGUGCUGGUCAGGAAGCUGUGUCAGCCGCAGGGCCCUAGUGCUGUACGGGCAGAAUUGAGCUCCAGCCCUACUGGGGAGCAUGGCCGCUCCUCCCCACUACAGCCCCCGCCCCCGCCGCCCGACUUCACGGACCCCCUGGCCCCCAAGAAGCCGCGGAUCUCCCACUUCGCCCAGAGAGCCCAGCCCGCCGCCAACGGGCGGGAGGCCCUGCUGCCCACGCCCGGCCCGCUGGGCGCCCUGGACACGCCCCUGCCCCCACGCCUGGAGCCCCCGCGCACCCACGACCCCCUGGCUGAUGUCAGCAACGACCUGGGCCACAGCGGCCGCGACGGGCGGGACGCCAAUCGGGAGCGGAGGGACGCGACGGCGCCUGCCCCCACCGCGCACCCUGGCCUCCCGUUGCCCCCCGACUGUGCCGCCCCCAGCCGCCCCCACGGUCCCCGCAGCAAGGCCAAGAAGAAAUCCAAGAAGCACAAGGACAAGGACAAGGAGCGGGCGGCUGAGGACAGGCCCCAGGCCCAGGCGCCCGAGGCCCCGGGUGGAUCUUGGGGUUCAGCCACCUCUGCCCCCCCAGGGUUCAACGGGACAUGCAGCAGCAGCUCCAGCGUCCCCAUCCCUACGUCCACCUCGGAGACCCCCGACUACCUGCUGAAGUACGCGCCCAUCGUGAGCUCGGAGCAGCGGCAGAGCUACAAGAACGACUUCAACGCCGAGUACAACGAGUACCGCGGCCUGCACGCGCGCAUCGAGCUGGUCACGCGGCGAUUCACGCAGCUGGACGCAGAGCUCCGCCGCCUGGUUCAGGGCUCCGCUGAGUAUGAGACCACCCGCGGCCAGAUCCUCCAGGAAUACCGAAAGAUCAAGAAGACCAACACCAACUACAGCCAGGAGAAGCAGCGCUGCGAGUACCUGCACAGCAAACUGGCCCACAUCAAGCGCCUCAUCGCGGACUACGACCAGCGGCAGCUGCGUGCCUGGCCCUAGCCCCGGCCCGCGGCCCCAGCCCCAGCCUCAGCCUCAGCCUGCUCGGCCGCCCUGCAGGGAGGCUCCACCGAGAAUAAAUGCGAGGAAGACACGUUCAUCUGAGCCCGGGCCAGUG